AUGGACGGCGGUGGACGAGGUCGUCUAGUGCACGUGCUUCUCUGCGUCUCUCUGGUCGGCUCCGCUUCUUACAGGCUGCACGGUCUGACCAGCUUCUGCCACCACUCUGGCUCACGGAGGGCGGACGUGAUCGUUGUGGGUGGUGGCCAUGCCGGCUGCGAGGCGGCAGCAGCAGCAGCGCGCACUGGUGCGCGCACUAUCCUCGUGACCCAGCGCAUCGACACCAUCGGUGAGAUGUCGUGCAACCCCUCGAUUGGCGGCAUCGGCAAGGGCCACCUCGUCCGCGAGGUGGAUGCGCUCGAUGGGCUGAUGGGGCGGGUGAUCGACGAGGCUGGCAUGUGGUCGCUCUACAUCUAG